AUGGCAUCCGCUGUCACCGAAACCGCACCUACGGUGGUCCCCAUCGUCGAGGACAAGAUUACACUGACAGGCCUCGCACGCGAGCCUCUCAAGUCCAAUGGAACCCUCGAUGCAUUUGAGUCCUUCGACGUCACUCCGGUCAUUGGAAGGGAAUUCCCCAAUGCCAACUUGAAGGACUUCCUGCGCGCCCCUAAUUCCGAUGAUCUGCUUAGGGAACUUGCUCUAACCAUCUCCCAACGAGGAGUGGUAUUCUUCCGUAAGCAGGAUGGUCUAACCGACGACCUGCAAAAGGAACUUGUCCAACGACUUGGUGAACUCUCAGGCAAGCCAAGCACCUCUGGUUUGCAUAUCCACCCAGUAGCAAACUCUGGCCGGGAACACAGCGUUAAGGAUGAUGAGAUUAGUGUGAUCAGCUCCGCAAGCUGGCAAAAGCUGUACCAGAUCAAAGACCAGCUAAAGCAGAGUGCGCGCAAAGAGUGGCACAGUGACAUCACCUUCGAGCCCAUUCCUAGCGAUUAUACUCUCUUGCGUCUCACAGAGCUUCCUAAAACCGGUGGCGACACCUUGUGGGCCUCAGGUUACGAGGUUUACGAUCGUAUCUCCGAGCCCUACCAGAAGUUCUUGGAGGGCUUGACCGCAACCUAUGCGCAACCCGGCUUCAACGAAAUUGCCAAGCGCAACGAUUUCACCAUCCACCCUGGUCCUCGUGGUGCACCUGAGAAUGUCGGCGAGGACCUCCAAGCCGAGCACCCUGUCAUCCGUACCAACCCUGUCACCGGUUGGAAGAGUGUCUUCGCUGUCGGCACACACGUGCAGAAGGUCAACGGUGUCACCGAGGCGGAGAGCCGUCAGCUUCUCGACUGGUUCGUGAGUCUCAUUGUUGAGAACCACGAUCUCCAGGUGCGCAAUCGCUGGCAAAACCCGAAUGAUCUUGCUAUCUGGGAUAACCGAUCGGUAUACCACGCAGCUACUUGGGAUUAUAAGGGACUUGGCCCGCGCACUGGACACCGUGCUGUCGGCCUUGGAGAGAGACCCUAUUUGGAUCCCAAGAGCAUUGGUAGACGGGAAGCACUCGCCAAGAGCGCAUAG